AGCCGCCCAAUGAGAGCGCGGCAGGAGACACCCGUUACACCCGCAUCAGAGCCGCCGCCGUCGCCGCCUGAGAGCUUCAUCUGUCCAGCGAGAGGCUCCGAACCCGCGCCGAACCAUGACGGACGGCGAAGCCGAAGAUGAGAUCCAGUUCUUACGGACCGAUGAUGAGGUGGUCCUCCAGUGCUCCGCCACCGUCCAGAAGGAGCAGCAGAAACUCUGUCUGGCCGCCGAGGGCUUCGGGAACAGACUGUGUUUCCUCGAGUCCACGUCCAACUCAAAGAAUGUUCCUCCGGAUCUGUCCAUAUGUACGUUUGUGCUGGAGCAGUCGCUGUCAGUGCGAGCUCUGCAGGAGAUGCUGGCCAACACUGAGGAGCGAGCGGAAGGGCUCAUAGACAUGGAGAAAUGGAAAUUCAUGAUGAAGACGGCGCAGGGCGGAGGUCACCGGACGCUGCUCUACGGUCACGCGGUCUUACUGAGACACUCCUACAGCGGGAUGUAUCUGUGCUGUCUGUCUACGGCUCGCUCGUCCACCGACAAACUGGCUUUUGAUGUGGGGCUUCAGGAAGACACAACAGGUGAGGCAUGUUGGUGGACAAUCCACCCCGCGUCCAAACAGAGGUCAGAGGGCGAGAAGGUGCGGGUGGGUGACGAUCUCAUCCUGGUCAGCGUGUCGUCUGAACGUUACCUGCACUUGUCGUAUGGUAACGGCAGUUUGCACGUGGACGCGGCUUUCCAGCAAACGCUCUGGAGCGUCGCGCCGAUCUGCUCCGGCAGUGAAGUGGCUCAGGGCUUCCUAAUUGGUGGAGAUGUUCUGCGGCUGCUGCACGGUCACAUGGACGAGUGUUUGACCGUCCCGUCAGGAGAACAUGGAGAGGAACAACGCAGGACGGUGCAUUACGAGGGUGGAGCCGUGUCCAUCCACGCCAGAUCCCUGUGGAGGCUGGAGACGCUCCGAGUCGCGUGGAGCGGCAGUCACAUCCGCUGGGGUCAGCCGUUUCGCUUGCGCCACGUGACCACCGGGAAAUAUCUCAGCAUGAUGGACGAUCAAGGGCUCCUGCUAAUGGACAAGGAGAAAGCGGACGUCAAAUCUACGGCUUUCUGCUUCCGUUCCUCAAAAGAGAAGCUGGACUUUGGCCUGAGGAAGGAGGUGGAUGGGAUGGGCGUCCCGGACAUCAAAUACGGAGACUCGGUCUGCUACAUCCAGCACGUGGACGCCGGGCUCUGGCUCACAUACCAGUCUGUGGACGCCAAGUGUGCUCGCAUGGGUGGCGUCCAGAGGAAGGCCAUCAUGCAUCAUGAGGGUCACAUGGAUGACGGAUUGACGCUCUCGCGAUCACAAAACGAGGAGUCGCGCACCGCCAGAGUCAUCCGCAGCACGGUCUUCCUGUUCAACCGCUUCAUCAGGGGUCUAGACACUCUGAGUAAGAAGGGGAAGACAUCCACCCUCGAUCUGCCCAUCGAAUCGGUCAGUCUGAGUCUUCAGGAUCUGAUCGGAUACUUCCAGCCUCCCGAUGAGCACCUGGAGCACGAGGACAAACAAAACCGACUCCGAGCGCUCAAGAGCAGACAGAUCCUGUUCCAGGAGGAGGGAAUGAUCAACCUGGUGCUGGAGUGUAUCGAUCGUUUGCAUGUCUACAGCAGUGCGGCUCAUUUUGCAGACGUGGCCGGUAAAGAAGCUGGACAAUCCUGGAAGUCCAUCCUGAACUCCCUCUACGAGCUCCUCGCUGCUCUGAUCAGAGGAAACAGGAAGAAUUGUGCCCAGUUCUCCAGCUCUCUGGAUUGGCUGAUCAGUCGUCUGGAGAGGUUGGAAGCGUCGUCUGGGAUUCUGGAGGUUCUGCACUGUGUUCUGGUGGAGAGUCCAGAAGCUCUGAACAUCAUUAAAGAAGGACACAUCAAAUCCAUCAUCUCACUGCUGGACAAACAUGGACGCAACCACAAGGUUCUGGACGUCCUGUGUUCUCUGUGCGUGUGUCACGGUGUGGCGGUUCGCUCCAAUCAGCACCUGAUCUGUGAUAAUCUGCUGCCCGGCAGAGACCUGCUGCUGCAGACGCGUCUCGUCAAUCACGUCAGCAGCAUGAGGCCCAAUAUCUUCCUGGGUGUGAGCGAAGGCUCCGCCCAGUACAGGAAGUGGUAUUAUGAGCUCAUCGUGGACCACGUGGAGCCAUUCGUGACGGCUGAAGCCACUCACCUGCGGGUGGGUUGGGCGUCCACACAGGGCUACUGGCCGUAUCCGGGCGGAGGAGAGGGCUGGGGCGGGAAUGGUGUCGGGGACGACCUCUACUCAUACGGCUUUGAUGGCCUCCACCUGUGGGCAGGUUGCGUGGCGCGAUCGGUCAGCUCACCCAAUCAGCACUUGCUGCGGGCCGAGGACGUGGUCAGCUGCUGUCUGGAUCUCAGCGCUCCCAGCAUCUCCUUCCGCAUCAACGGCCAGCCGGUCCAGGGAAUGUUUGAGAACUUCAACUCAGAUGGACUCUUCUUCCCUGUAGUGUCCUUCUCUGCUGGAGUCAAAGUGCGCUUCCUUUUGGGCGGUCGUCAUGGCGAGUUCAAGUUCCUGCCCCCAUCCGGUUACGCUCCGUGUUUCGAGGCGGUUUUACCACGAGAGAAGCUGAGAGUGGAGCACAGUCAGGAGUAUAAACAUGAUCAUAGGAAUACACGUGACCUCCUCGGACCCACGGUCACGCUGUCACAAGCGGCCUUCACACCAACACCUGUGGACACCAGUCAGAUCGUGUUGCCGCCACAUCUUGAGCGGAUCCGAGAGAAACUGGCAGAAAACAUCCAUGAGUUGUGGGUGAUGAACAAGAUCGAUCUUGGAUGGACUUACGGAACGGUGAGAGAUGAUAAUAAACGGCAGCAUCCGUGUCUGGUCGAGUUCUCCAGACUUCCUGAACAAGAGCGUAGCUACAACCUUCAGAUGUCUCAGGAGACGCUCAAGACUCUCUUGGCGCUGGGCUGUCAUGUUGGCGUGGCGGACGAACGAGCGGCAGAGAAAGUAAAAAAUCUCAAGCUUUCAGCCAAAUACGAGCUCUCCAGCGGGUAUAAACCGGCGCCGAUGGACCUGAGCCACAUCAAACUGGCAUCUACCCAGGAGGCCAUGGUGGACAAACUGGCAGAGAAUGCUCACAACGUCUGGGCCAGAGACCGCAUACGGCAGGGCUGGACCUACGGCGUACAGCAGGACAUUAAGAACAGGAGAAACCCUCGCCUCGUUCCGUACGUUCUUCUGGACGAGAGGACCAAGAAAUCAAACAAGGACAGUCUGCGGGAAGCUGUGCGGACACUGCUGGGAUACGGAUACAACCUGGAGGCUCCGGAUCAAGACCACGCGGCUCGAGCGGACACAGGUAAUCUGUCUGCCGAACGCUUCCGGAUCUUCCGAGCGGAGAAGACAUACAGCGUGAGCGGAGGGAAGUGGUACUUCGAGCUGGAGGUGGUGACGGCGGGCGAGAUGCGGGUGGGCUGGGCGAGACCCGGCUGUCUGCCGGACCAGGAGCUGGGCUCAGACGAGCAGGCCUUCGUCUUCGAUGGAUUCAAGGCUCAGCGCUGGCAUCAGGGCAACGAGCACUUUGGUCGCUCCUGGCAGUCCGGAGACGUGGUGGGAUGUAUGGUGGACAUGAACGAACGCACCAUGAUGUUCACGCUCAACGGCGAGGUGCUGCUCGACGACUCCGGGUCCGAACUCGCCUUCAAAGACUUUGAAGUUUGGGACGGUUUCAUCCCAGUCUGUAGUCUGGGCAUCUGUCAGGUGGGCCGUAUGAACUUCGGGAAGGAUGUGAGCACCCUGAAGUACUUCACCAUCUGCGGCCUGCAGGAGGGCUACGAACCCUUCGCCGUCAACAUGAACCGAGAUCUGACCAUGUGGAUCAGCAAACGGCUGCCUCAGUUCAUCCCCGCCCCGCUCAACCACGAGCACAUAGAGGUCACAAGGAUCGAUGGGACAGUGGAGAGCCCGCCGUGCCUAAAGGUCACACAGAGGUCGUUCGGCUCACAGAACAGUAACACGGACAUCAUGUUCUAUCGUCUCAGCAUGCCCAUAGAGUGCUCGGAGGCGUUCUUGCGAUCGCCCGGUGGGACGCUAGCAGCCAACGGCAGCUUCUUCUCUCCCAAGAGAGAUCUGGAGGAUUUUGAGACGGUGUCGGACUUUGAGGUCCUGAUGAAAACGCCACACAGUCACGUGAGCUCAAACGGGCCCGACAGAGAUCGAGACGAGUUCAACAACCACAAAGAUCAUAAUCAGGAGAAACCUUCGAAAAUCAAACAGAGGUUUAUGCUGAAAAGAACGAAGCCCGACAUGAACAGCAAUAACUCUAGCGCUCGCCUGUCAGAGGAGGUUUUGGCUGAUGAGAGAGAUGAUUGUGAGAAUCUCAUACAAACAUCAACGUAUUACUACUCGGUGAGGAUCUUCCCUGGGCAGGAACCAGCCAGUGUUUGGGUCGGAUGGGUGACCUCAGACUUUCAUCAGUACGAUCCAGCCUUUGAGCUCAGCAAGGUCCGUACGGUCACCGUUACCCUGGGAGAUGAGAAGGGCAAAGUUCACGAGAGCAUUAAGCGCAGUAACUGCUACAUGGUGUGGGGCGGCGAGUGCAGCAGUCCCAGUCAGGGCCGCAAUAAUAACGGCCUGGAGAUCGGAUGUUUGGUAGAUACUGCCAACGGCCUCCUCAGCUUCACCUCCAACGGCAAAGAGCUCAGCACCUACUACCAGGUGGAGCCCAGUACUAAACUCUUCCCUGCAGUGUUUGCGCAGGCAACAAGUCCAAACGUCUUCCAGUUUGAACUGGGACGCAUCAAGAGCAUCAUGCCGCUCUCUGCAGGGCUGUUUAAAAGUGAACGGAAGAACGCGAUUCCUCAGUGUCCGCCACGGUUACACGUGCAGUUCCUCACACCUGUGUUGUGGAGCCGUGUGCCUAAUCAGUUCCUGAGGUCAGAGGUCACCAGGGUCAACGAGAGACUGGGCUGGAUGGUGCAGAGUUCAGAACCGCUGCAGUUCAUGACCCUCCAUAUACCUGAGGAGAACAGGUCUCUGGACAUUCUGGAGCUGACAGAGCAGCGCGACCUGCUGAAGUUCCACUUCCACACGCUGCGCUUGUAUUCAGCCAUCUGCGCGCUGGGAAACAACCGUGUGGCUCACGCGCUCUGCAGUCACGUGGACGAGGCGCAGCUCCUCUACGCCAUCCAGAACAAAUACAUGCCGGGCCUCUUGCGCACCGGAUACUACGACCUGCUCAUCGACAUCCACCUGAGCAGCUACGCCACCGCGCGCCUCAUGAUGAACUCUGAGUACAUUGUUCCCAUGACGGCCGAGACCAAGAGCAUCACACUCUUUCCCAACGAGAAGAAGAAGCACGGGCUGCCGGGCAUCGGCCUGAGCACGUCGCUGCAGCCGCGCAUGCGUUUCUCCUCACCCAGCUUCGUGGGUCACCACGGCGCCGUCGCGGGGGGCGACUGCUUCCAGUACAGCCCCGAGUUCCCGCUGGAGACGCUGAAGAGCCGUACGAUGGAGAUGUUGACGGAGGCAGUGCGGGAGGGCAGCUUACACGUGCGCGAUCCCGUCGGCGGGAGCACUGAGUUCCUGUUCGUUCCGCUCAUUAAACUCUUCUACACGCUUCUGAUCAUGGGCAUCUUCCACAACGGAGACCUGAAGACCAUCCUGCAGCUGAUCGAGCCCAGCGUGUUCUCGCAGGACGGCGGCGGCGGGACGAAUGAGGCGGAGGACAGCUGUGGGCGGGGCCGGCUAGAAGGGGGCGGGGCUGAAGAACAUGGUCUGAGAGGAAAGAUGCCCAAAGAAGGACUUUUACAGAUGAAGCUUCCUGAACCCGUCAAACUCCAGAUGUGUCACCUGCUGCAGUACCUGUGCGACUGUCAGGUGCGUCACCGCAUCGAGGCUGUGGUCGCCUUCUCCGACGACUUUGUGGCGAAUCUUCAGGAUAACCAGCGUUUCCGCUAUAAUGAAGUGAUGCAGGCGCUGAACAUGUCUGCUGCUCUGACGGCACGCAAAACCAAAGAGUUCCGCUCGCCUCCACAGGAACAGAUCAACAUGCUGCUGAAUUUUAAGGAUGAGAAGCAGGAUUGUCCGUGUCCUGAGGACAUCCGUGAACAGCUGCUAGACUUCCAUGAAGAUCUCAUGACACACUGCGGCAUUGAGAUGGAUGAUGAUAAAUCAGGAGACGGAGAUGAUUUCACCAUCAGGGGUCGUCUGAUGUGUCUGGUGGAAAAGGUGACCUACCUGAAGAAGAAAAUGACUGAAAUACCAAAGAAAAAGAAAUCAAAGAAACCCAGCACGCUUCAGCAGCUGAUCUCUGAGACCAUGGUCCGCUGGGCGCAGGAGUCGGUCAUCGAGGAUCCGGAGCUGGUGCGGGCCAUGUUCGUGUUACUCCACCGUCAGUACGACGGCAUAGGUGGGCAGGUGCGAGCGCUGCCCAAGACCUACACCAUCAACGCUGUCUCCGUGGAGGACACCAUCAACCUGCUGGCAUCUCUGGGACAGAUCCGCUCUCUGCUCAGCGUCAGGAUGGGCCGCGAGGAGGAGAAACUCAUGAUUCAUGGGCUCAGUGACAUCAUGAAUAACAAGGUGUUUUACCAGCAUCCGAACCUGAUGAGAGCGCUCGGGAUGCAUGAGACCGUCAUGGAGGUGAUGGUGAACGUCCUGGGUGGAGGAGAGUCCAAGGAAAUCACGUUUCCAAAGAUGGUGGCCAACUGCUGCCGGUUCCUGUGCUACUUCUGUCGAAUCAGCCGUCAGAAUCAGAAGGCCAUGUUCGAUCAUCUCAGCUACCUGCUGGAGAACAGCAGCGUGGGACUCGCGUCUCCGUCCAUGCGAGGUUCCACUCCUCUGGAUGUGGCCGCUGCAUCUGUAAUGGAUAAUAAUGAACUGGCUCUGGCGCUGAGAGAACCGGACCUCGAGAAGGUGGUCCAGUAUCUGGCGGGCUGUGGUCUUCAGAGCUGCGUGAUGCUGAUGUCUAAAGGAUAUCCUGACAUCGGCUGGAACCCGGUGGAGGGCGAACGAUACCUGGACUUCCUUCGAUUUGCAGUCUUCUGUAAUGGUGAGAGCGUGGAGGAGAAUGCUAACGUGGUCGUGCGGCUCCUGAUUCGGCGGCCGGAGUGUUUUGGCCCCGCCCUGCGUGGAGAGGGCGGGAACGGGCUUCUGGCGGCGAUGGAGGAAGCCAUAAAGAUCUCAGAAGAUCCCAGCCGAGACGGACCGUCGCCCACCACAGAGGAGAGCAGGACACUUAGUGAUGUAUUGGAGGAAGAGGAAGAUGACACCAUUCACAUGGGAAACGCCAUCAUGACCUUCUACGCAGCUCUGAUCGACCUAUUGGGCCGCUGCGCUCCCGAGAUGCAUCUGAUCCACGCCGGGAAGGGAGAGGCCAUCCGUAUCCGAGCCAUCCUGCGCUCUCUCAUUCCCAUUGAGGAUCUGGUGGGAGUGAUCAGCAUCCCGUUCCUGAUGCCCACGCUGGCUAAAGACGGUUCCGUGAUCGAGCCGGAUAUGUCAGCAGGGUUCUGUCCUGAUCACAAAGCAGCCAUGGUUCUGUUCCUGGACCGGGUUUACGGCAUCGAGGACCAGAACUUCCUCCUGCACCUGCUGGAAGUGGGUUUCCUGCCUGACCUCAGAGCCGCCGCCUCAUUGGACACGGCGGCUCUGAGCGCCACAGACAUGGCGCUGGCUCUGAACCGGUACCUGUGCACGGCGGUCCUGCCUCUGCUCACCAAAUGCGCUCCUCUGUUUGCGGGGACGGAGCCGUUCGCGUCUCUCAUCGACUCUCUGCUGCACACUGUCUACAGACUGUCUAAAGGCUGCUGUCUCACCAAAGCUCAGAGAGACGCCAUCGAGGAGUGUCUGCUGGCCGUGUGCGGGAAACUGCGUCCGUCGAUGAUGCAGCAUCUGCUGCGGCGUCUGGUGUUCGACGUUCCUGUGCUCAACGAACACACGAAGAUGCCUCUGAAGCUCCUGACCAAUCACUACGAGCGCUGCUGGAAGUACUACUGUCUGUCCGGAGGGUGGGGAAGCUUUGGCGCCUCGUCCGACGAGGAACUGCAUCUGUCCAGAAAACUCUUCUGGGGAAUCUUUGACGCUCUGGCGAGAAAGAAGUAUGACGUGGAGUUGUUCAAGCUGGCGCUGCCGUGUCUGAGCGCAGUGGCCGGAGCUUUACCUCCUGAUUACAUGGAGUCAAACUACGUGGCCAUGAUGGAGAAACAGUCGUCUAUGGACGCCGAGGGAAACUUCAACCCACAGCCCGCCGACACCAGCAGCGUCGUUGUUCCUGAGAAGCUCGAUCAUUUCAUCAAUAAAUAUGCAGAAUAUUCCCAUGAGAAAUGGUCCAUGGAGAAGUUUGCCGUCGGCUGGAUUCAUGGAGAGCAGAUGUGUGAAUCGUCUAAAGUUCAUCCGCUGCUGAAGCCCUACAAGUGUCUGUCUGAGAAGGAUAAGGAGGUUUACCGCUGGCCAAUCAGAGAGAGUUUGAAGACGAUGCUGUCUUGGGGCUGGAGCAUUGAGCGGACGAGAGAGAGCGACGCGUCCACCUUACACAGCCGCACCCGCCGGAUCUCUCUGUCCAGUCAGCGCUCCAUAGAGGGCGCUCAUGGUUUCAGCCCGCGGCCUGUCGACAUGAGCAACGUGACGCUGUCCAGAGACCUGCAUUCGAUGGCGGAGCUGCUGGCCGAGAACUAUCACAACAUUUGGGCUCAGAAGAAAAAACUGGAGCUGGAAGCCAAAGGAGGAGGAAGUCAUCCAUUACUGGUUCCUUACGACACUUUAACUGCCAAAGAGAAAUCCAAAGACCGGGAGAAAGCACAAGACAUCCUGAAGUUCUUUCAGAUCAAUGGAUACAGCGUCUCAAGGGCGAUGAAAGAACAGGAUCUGGACACUCCGUCCAUAGAGAAACGCUUCGCGUACACGUUUCUGCAGCAGCUGAUCACGUAUGUGGACGAAGCUCACGGACACAUGCUGGAGUUUGAUGCUGGAAUUCGACCGAAAGGGGAGAAAAUCCCUCAUGAGCAGCAGGUCAAAUUCUUCGGGAAGGUUGUGUUGCCGCUGGUGGAUCAGUACUUCAAAAACCACCGGCUCUACUUCCUGUCCACCGCUGUUCGACCAAUCAGCAGCGGGGGCCACGCCUCCAAUAAAGAGAAGGAGAUGGUGACCAGCCUGUUCUGCAAACUGGGCGUUCUUGUGCGGCACCGGAUCUCAUUGUUUGGGAAUGAUGCCACCUCCAUUGUGAACUGCCUGCACAUCCUGGGACAGACGCUGGACGCCCGGACUGUGAUGAAAACCGGUCAGGACUCUGUCAAAGCGGCUCUGAGGGCGUUUUUUGAUAACGCAUCAGAAGAUUUGGAGAAAACCAUGGAAAAUCUGCGGCAGGGUCAGUUCACACACACGCGGAUGCAACCCAAGGGCGUCACACAGAUCAUCAACUACACGACAGUCGCGCUGCUGCCGGUGCUGUCCUCGCUGUUCGAACACAUAGGGCAGAACCUGUUCGGAGAGGAUCUCAUCUUGGAUGAUGUCCAGGUUUCCUGCUAUCGGAUAUUAAACAGUUUGUACUCACUUGGAACCAGUAAAAGUAUUUAUGUUGAGAGGCAGCGUCCGGCUCUCGGUGAGUGUCUGGCCGCGUUCUCGGGCGCAUUUCCCGUGGCCUUCCUCGAGCCCAAUCUGAACAAACACAACACAUACUCCAUAUACAACUGCAAAGGCUCCAGAGAGAGAGCAGCGUUAGGUCUGCCGGCUCAGGUGGAGGAGGUGUGCGCGCUGGUGCCGUCUCUGGAGCGGGCGCUGCAGGAAAUCAUGGAGCUGGCCGAGUCGGGCAUGCGCUACACGCAGAUGCCGCACGUGAUGGAGGUGCUGCUGCCCAUGCUGUGCAGCUACAUGUCGCACUGGUGGGAACACGGACCCGAGAGCGACCCGGAGCGCGCCGAGAGCUGCUGCACCUCGCUGACCUCAGAGCACAUGAACACGCUGCUGGGAAACAUCCUGAAGAUCAUCUACAACAACCUGGGUAUUGACGAGGGAGCCUGGAUGAAGAGACUGGCAGUGUUUUCUCAGCCCAUCAUCGGUAAAGCCAAGUCUCAGCUGCUGAAGACUCACUUCCUGCCGCUGAUGGAGAAGCUGAAGAAGAAGGCGGCGACGGUCCUGCAGGACGAGGAGCACAUGAAGGCGGAGGGCCGGGGCGAGAUGUCGGAGUCGGAGCUCCUCAUCCUGGACGAGUUCACCAUCCUCGUGCGAGACCUGUACGCCUUCUACCCGCUGCUCAUACGCUUCGUCGACUACAACCGAGCGAAAUGGCUCAAGGAACCAAACACUGAGGCGGAGGAGUUAUUCCGUAUGGUGGCCGAAGUCUUCAUAUUCUGGGCUAAAUCACAUAACUUUAAACGAGAAGAACAAAACUUUGUGGUUCAAAAUGAAAUCAACAACAUGUCCUUCCUCAUAACUGAUACCAAAUCUAAAAUGUCCAAGGGUGGCGUAUCAGACCAGGAGAGGAAGAAGAUGAAGAAGCGAGGGGAUCGUUAUUCCCUCCAGACGUCUCUGAUCGUCGCCGCUCUCAAGCGCUUGCUUCCGGUCGGACUGAACAUCUGUGCGCCGGGAGACCAGGAGCUGAUCGGACUCGCCAAGAGCCGCUUCACGCAGAAAGACACUGAGGACGAGGUCCGAGAGAUCAUACGAAACAACCUCCACCUGCAGGGGAAGCUGGAGGAUCCUGCGAUCCGCUGGCAGAUGGCGCUGUAUAAAGACAUGCCCAACCGCAGCGAGGACUCGUCGGACCCCGAGAAGACCGUCGAUCGAGUGCUGAACAUCGCACAUGUGCUCUUCCACCUCGACCAGGUUGAACAUCCUCAGCGCAGUAAGAAGGCCGUGUGGCACAAGCUGCUGUCCAAACAGAGGAAGAGAGCCGUCGUGGCCUGUUUCAGGAUGGCGCCGCUUUACAACCUGCCCAGGCACAGAGCCGUGAACCUGUUCCUCCAGGGUUACGAGAAGUCCUGGAUCGAGACGGAAGAACACUAUUUCGAGGACAAGCUGAUCGAGGAUUUGGCCAAAGCAGGCGGAGAGGAGCUGUCAGAGGAGGACGAGAUGACCAAACACAUCGAUCCCUUACACCAGCUCAUACAACUCUUCAGCAGAACCGCGCUGACAGAGAAAUGUAAACUAGAGGAGGAUCAUCUCUACAUGGCUUACGCUGAUAUCAUGGCCAAGAGCUGUCAUGAUGAAGAGGAAGACGAUGAGGAAGAGGUGAAGAGUUUUGAGGAGAAAGAGAUGGAGAAGCAGAAGCUGCUGUAUCAGCAGGCCAGACUUCACGACCGUGGCGCCGCAGAGAUGGUGCUACAGACCAUCAGCGCCAGCAAAGGAGAGAUGGGGCCGAUGGUGGCCUCCACGCUCAAGCUGGGAAUCGCCAUACUCAAUGGAGGAAACUCCACAGUUCAGCAGAAAAUGCUGGACUACCUGAAAGACAAACGAGACGUUGGAUUUUUCCAGAGUCUGGCGGGACUCAUGCAGUCGUGCAGUGUUCUGGAUCUGAACGCGUUUGAGAGGCAGAAUAAAGCUGAAGGUCUCGGGAUGGUGACGGAGGAAGGAUCAGUCAUCACUCAUGAGCGUGGUGAGAAGGUCAUGCAAGAUGACGAGUUCACCUGCGACCUCUUCCGCUUCCUCCAGCUGCUCUGUGAGGGACACAAUUCAGAUUUUCAGAACUACCUGCGAACGCAGACGGGUAACAACACGACGGUCAACAUCAUCAUCUCGACGGUGGAUUAUCUGCUCCGAGUCCAGGAGUCCAUCAGUGAUUUCUACUGGUACUAUUCUGGGAAAGACGUCAUCGAUGAACAAGGCCAGCGGAAUUUCUCCAAAGCAAUCAAUGUAGCCAAACAAGUCUUCAACACUCUCACAGAGUACAUUCAGGGCCCUUGCACAGGGAAUCAGCAGAGUCUGGCUCACAGUCGCCUGUGGGAUGCAGUUGUUGGUUUCCUGCACGUUUUUGCACAUAUGCAGAUGAAGCUGUCUCAGGAUUCAAGCCAAAUCGAGCUGUUGAAGGAGCUCAUGGAUCUUCAGAAGGAUAUGGUUGUGAUGCUCUUGUCCAUGUUGGAGGGAAAUGUUGUGAAUGGCACCAUUGGAAAGCAGAUGGUGGACAUGUUGGUGGAGUCCUCAAACAAUGUAGAGAUGAUUCUGAAGUUCUUUGACAUGUUCCUCAAACUGAAAGAUCUGACGUCGUCAGAUGCCUUCAAAGAGUACGAUCCUGAUGGCAAAGGCGUCAUCUCCAAGAGGGAUUUCCACAAGGCAAUGGAGAGCCAUAAACAUUACACCCAAUCUGAGACAGAAUUCCUGCUCUCCUGUGCGGAAACAGAUGAAAAUGAGCUCUUGGACUAUGAAGAGUUCGUCGAACGCUUCCACGAGCCGGCGAAGGACAUCGGCUUCAACGUUGCCGUUCUCCUGACCAACCUCUCAGAGCAUAUGCCCCAUGACUCUCGCCUCCAGACCUUCCUGGAGCUGGCCGAGAGCGUGCUGAACUACUUCCAGCCAUACCUGGGCCGCAUCGAGAUCAUGGGCAGCGCCAAGCGGAUCGAACGAGUGUACUUUGAGAUCAGCGAGUCCAGUCGCACCCAGUGGGAGAAGCCACAGGUCAAGGAGUCCAAACGGCAGUUCAUCUUCGAUGUGGUGAACGAAGGUGGUGAGAAGGAGAAAAUGGAGCUCUUUGUCAACUUCUGUGAAGACACCAUCUUUGAGAUGCAGUUGGCGGCACAGAUGUCCGACGCCGCCGAGCGCUCGGCUAGCAAAGAGGAAAGCGAGAGGGAGAAACCCGACGAGGAGAGUCCCGAGAUGGGCUUCUUCUCCGUCACCACUGUGCGAACGGCUCUCUUCGCUUUACGAUACAACGUGAUGCUCUUAAUGAAGGUGCUGUCCAUGAAAAGCCUCAAGAAGCAGGUUAAGAAAGCCAAGAAGAUGACUGUGAAGGACAUGGUGACUACGCUAGUGUCCUUCUAUUGGAGCGUCCUGCUGGGCCUGCUGCACUUCGCCUUCAGCGUCGCUCGAGGAUUCUUCCGGAUCACAUACAACAGCUUUCUUGGGGGGAGUCUGGUGGAGGGCGCCAAGACCAUGAAGGUGUCGGAGCUCCUGGCCAACAUGCCUGACCCGACUCAGGACGAAGUGAGGGGAGAGAUGGAAGAGGGUGAGAAGAAACACCUCGACAAAACCUCACCCGAGGAAGACCUGGCCGAUCUAACUGUGGCCACAGACGACACCGACGUCCUGUCUGAUAUAUUCGGUUUGGAUCUGAAGAGAGAGGGAGGGCAGUACAAACUGAUGCCUCACAAUCCAAAUGCCAGCCUCACGGAUUUGCUCAAUACGCCCGUCCCGCAGCCACCCACACCCUCACCUGAACUUCGCAGACGACACCAGACAAAGGGCUCGUCAUCCUCAACUGACAACAAUGAAGUUGCGGAGGAGACCAAAUCAGUGCCUGAGAAAGCAGAAAGGGAAAAUGGAGAGAAAGCACAGAAGAAGGACGAAGCGGUGAAGCGUAAGGUCAGACUGCACUACUCCAGAGCAGAUGAGCCUGAUCUGCAGGAGUCAGCCUUCUGGAAGAAGAUCAUCGCUUAUCAACGCAAGCUGCUGAACUAUUUUGCACGAAAUUUCUACAACAUGAGAAUGUUGGCUUUGUUUGUGGCCUUUGCAAUCAACUUCAUUCUGCUGUUUUACAAGGUGUCCACAUCCUCAGCUGUGACCGAGGGUAAGGAGGUGUUGUUCAGCGCGUCCUCAGACACCAGCGUGCGGUGGGACCCUCUGGCCGGCUCCGGCACUCGCCCGGUCACUGUGCACUUUGUGCUGGAGGAGAGCAGCGGAUACAUGGAGCCCACCCUGCGGAUCCUAGCCAUCCUGCACACAGUCAUCUCCUUCUUCUGUAUCAUCGGCUACUACUGCUUAAAGGUUCCUCUGGUGAUUUUUAAGCGAGAGAAGGAAGUGGCCAGAAAGCUGGAGUUUGACGGCCUGUACAUCACUGAACAGCCCUCAGAAGAUGAUAUUAAAGGCCAGUGGGACCGGCUGGUCAUCAAUACACAGUCCUUCCCAAACAAUUACUGGGAUAAAUUUGUGAAGCGGAAGGUGAUGGAUAAGUAUGGAGAGUUUUAUGGACAUGAUCGGAUCAGUGAGCUGCUCGGGAUGGAUAAAGCUGCGCUGGACUUCAGUGACGCCCACGAGAAAAAGAAACCAAAGAGAGACAGUUCACUGGCCGCAGUACUGAACUCAAUCGAUGUGAAGUAUCAGAUCUGGAAGUUGGGUGUCGUCUUCACAGAUAACUCGUUCCUGUAUCUGGCCUGGUACAUGAGCAUGUCCAUCCUCGGUCACUACAAUAACUUCUUCUUUGCCGCCCAUCUGCUGGACAUCGCCAUGGGCUUCAAGACGCUCAGGACCAUCCUGUCUUCUGUCACGCACAAUGGCAAACAGCUGGUCCUGACUGUCGGUCUGCUGGCGGUUGUGGUGUAUCUCUACACCGUAGUGGCUUUCAACUUCUUCCGAAAGUUCUACAAUAAGAGUGAAGAUGGAGAAUCACCAGACAUGAAGUGUGACGACAUGCUGACGUGCUACAUGUUCCACAUGUAUGUUGGCGUUCGUGCCGGCGGUGGCAUCGGCGAUCAGAUCGAAGAUCCGGCCGGUGACGAGUACGAGAUCUAUCGCAUCAUCUUUGACAUCACCUUCUUCUUCUUCGUCAUCGUCAUCCUCCUCGCCAUCAUUCAGGGUCUGAUCAUUGAUGCGUUCGGUGAGCUGAGAGACCAACAGGAGCAGGUGAAAGAGGACAUGGAGACGAAGUGCUUCAUCUGUGGAAUUGGAAACGAUUAUUUCGACACGGUUCCUCACGGCUUUGAGACGCACACGCUGCAGGAACACAAUCUGGCCAACUAUCUAUUUUUCUUCAUGUAUCUCAUCAACAAGGAUGAAACCGAGCACACCGGCCAGGAGUCGUACGUUUGGAAAAUGUACCAGGAACGUUGCUGGGAAUUCUUUCCCGCUGGCGACUGUUUCCGGAAACAAUACGAGGACCAGCUCAAUUAAAACACACGGAUGCUCUCUUCAGUGGCGGUUCGACACGCAGUGAAUAUAUGAAGUUUAUAGCUGCACCUUUUCUGCCAUCCGACGCUACUUCAUUUCAUGAACGAACUCAAAGACUAAUUGAAGAGGAGGGGAGCAGGACGUCACGGAGGAGACGGACUCAUCCGGAGGAAGAGCGAACGCUGCACGUUUCUUUAGACGGGAUCCGGUGCCUUAUGCAAGAUGGAGAUGAGACGGAGCGAGCGCUGGAACCCCUCAGGACUCACGUCUCCUCUGCUGCUCCGUUUGUUGCUUCGUUUUUCAGUUCUUUUGGUAAUGCACCCAUGCCACAGCAGAGUUACUCUUUAUAUAGAAAAAUAUCCUUGAGAAAAAUCUUUCAUUGCAUGUUUAUUAUGCAAGUUUAAGGAAACAUUUGAAACGUAAAGACGCAAGCUGAUCUAUAUCACAGUUUUAUAGGUUUAAGAACAUUUAAGGUGUCUGUCCUAUCACAAUAUUAUAUCACAGACUGUCCUCUGUCGUUCGCCAAGAAUACGUCCAAAUCGCAUUCACGCUAGAUUUAGUUUGACGCAGAAGCAAUACCCAUUCAGGGAGUCCACCCUACACCCUACACCCUACACCCUACACCCUACGGCGACAGAGGAGCGAACAUCACUGUUUCCCCCGCAGGAGCUCAACUCACGCUUCACCGCAGAACUGCAACACGAGCACGUCACGCACGGUCCUGCGGAGUCGUCGGAGCGUUAUUAUGACGGACAUUUUCCAUCCUUCAGGAAACCACUGCACUUUCUUUCAUAGCCAUGACAAAGACCAGAUGCUUUUCUUAUUUGUUAUAUAUGAAACAAUGUGAAUCAUUGCAAUAACAACAAAUGGGCUAAAAAAAAACAAAAAAGAACCAGCCGAGCGACUAUGUGAGAGAAAUUUUACUCAUGUAAAGAAUUUUGAUAAAAAAAAAAAAAAAACUCAUCUGAAAAUAAUCUGACUUUAGUGUACUGUGUAGAGUUGUGCGCAAUAUACCUGUGUGUGAUCUGUAAAGGGAACUAAAGACAUGCAUGAUUUUGAAAAAUAAAGCGAUUAUUUAUUGAU